AUGGGAGAUUCCAUGAUUAAUCCAGCCAUUGAAUAUGACUAUUUGAUCAAAUUUCUUGCCUUAGGUGAUUCAGGCGUUGGAAAAACAACAUUUCUUUAUCAAUAUACUGACGGACAAUUUAACCCAAAAUUUAUUUCAACAGUUGGCAUUGAUUUUCGUGAGAAGCGCGUUGUUUAUAAGCCGAAAACCCCACCAAAUGCAAAACCAUAUCGUAUUCAUUUGCAAUUAUGGGAUACGGCAGGACAAGAACGUUUUCGAAGUUUAACAACAGCAUUUUUUCGUGAUGCGAUGGGCUUUGUAUUAAUGUUUGAUUUAACAUCUGAACAAUCAUUUUUAAAUGUACGCAAUUGGCUUGCCCAACUGAAAGUUAAUGCUUAUUGUGACGAUCCUGAUGUGAUACUAGUUGGUAAUAAAGCUGACCGUGAAGAUGCUCGUGUUGUAUCUCAAACGCGUGCACAAGAAUUAGCCGAUAAAUAUUCAUUACCCUAUAUUGAAACAAGUGCUUUUACAGCACAAAAUGUUAAAGAAACUAUUGAAUCAUUAUUAGAAAAAGUUAUGACAAGAAUGGAAGAAACUAUAGAUAAAUCAAUUUUUCCUGUACGACAACCACCGGAAAAUCCACCAGAUGCAAAGAAAAGUAAAUGUAGCUGCUAA